AUGAGAAUCUUGGUCGAAAGUUUGCAGCCAGAAGUAAGUUUUCGUUUGAUUUCAUUUUACGUGUUGAUUCUGGGCGGGAGCACCUAAUGUAAAUAUGUAGGAGAGGUGGCCAAAUGGAAUGGUCAAAUGAAGCCAAUAAGGCAAAACUACAGAAAACACAAUUACGAGAUUUUUAUUUAACAAGAAAAUUACUGUAAAGUCGGUAUGUCUUUAGUACUGACUCCUAAAAUAAAUGUAAGAAAUUUUAGCUGUGGUGCAUUAUCAUUAAGCACCAGACGAUAAUGGAUGAUACUGUAUCAUUGGCUAUGGUGAAUAAACGCUUCUACAAACUUGUAAAAUUGAACUUUAAGCAAUUAUGUUAUGAUCAUGCAGUAUACCGUCGUAAAGGCGAAACUUGGGCUUACGCUUUCUUAAAGUAAGUACUUUUAAAAUAUAAUUUUGCGAAUAAGUUUUGAUAAGAAAAAUGAAACUUCGGAGACCCUAAACACAUACUAUAACAUAAUAUUCUCAAGUCUAACGAUACGGUACCCUAUUUAAUUAACAAGGAAAGUGUCCAACCUGCAACUCUCAGAAUCAGCUCAAAAUUUUUAUAUGAGUUUUUUGUACUAUUAAUAGUACAUAUAAAAAAUCUUAGCUUGCGGUUUUAAGUUUUAAAAUUUAAAUAUUUGAAUUUCCCGCCUAAUUUUCAAAUUUGGCAUAGUGUUGCAAGCACUUUUUUCGGCUUUCUAGACAAGCUACGCCUACAACUUUAAAAAUGUAGGUUCAUUUGCAGGUUUUCUACUAGUACAUCAAAGAAAAAUGAUUUAAAGUCAAAAAAUGACAAAGUUAUAAGCUUGAAACACAAUUCCAAUUUUGCGGGAAGUUCAAAAGUGAUUUUUUAAUCUUGAUUUUCUCAAGACUAGCCGCAAACUGCAACUUAAUAAUUUGCAUAAGAACUUACAUUGACAUGAUCUUGCUACAAAAAAGUUUAUAUAGAAUUUGAGCGUUGCAGGUCAGGUACCUUCCUUGUAAGUGUAACUACAAAAGCCAGUAUAGAUAUGAGACAGGCAUAAUAAGUAUAGAUGUUGUAAUUAACAUAAAGGUACUACACUUUUAUUGAAGAAAAGAAAGAUAUAGUAAAUGAUACUUGGGGUACGUAAAUGAAGGUUUAGUUGUUAGGUAGACGGUAGUGUUGAAACAUUAAGUUAGCUUUCAAUAGGUAUGUAGGGGCGCACUUAGAACUUAGUGGUGACCCGUGAGCUCUAACAGUAGCAUCAUACCUUUAGCAACUCCGACUUCUUCGUUUAACAUCUUUAUUAAUCAGUGAGGAGACUCCACACUGGCCACGGUCUACAUUGAUCGCAAACUGACUUUGUUGGGCUGUUUCAAGGUCUUUUGGCAUAUGUCUGGCGUUCUUAAGAUUUAUUGCCUUCGCAUGUCAACAGCCUUCGAAACAUCCCACAACAGAUAUGCAGGAGUAAAAAUUAAAGUAAACCUUGUGGUAUGGUGAAAGCUGCAGUAGAAACCGCCAUAUAUGUAACGUCUUUUUCUUCUUUACCACAUGUACUGAUUACUAUAAAUUUUAAGUUUGCAAAUUGAUCUACUAAAAGUUUAAUAAGAUAAUGUACAACACUAUGAUUUUAGCCUUGGGCAUCGCUUAUUUAAUGAAAUUCGUUAUAACAAAACAUUUUAUGUAACAAACGCAAUUUGUUGUUCGUUCACAGGAAAGAUGGCAUUAAAACUUGAAAAUGGUUAUGUUCUACUGACCAAUAUUGACUUUGGUCUUAAUCAGUUUACUAUUCUUGACUUUACAUCAUACACAGAAGAAAUCACUGGUGUUAGUAUGAUAAAUCGAGGCACAGAACUUCUCGUUCGUACUCCUAAUGUCGUACUGGUUUAUGAUCUACAUAGUAUGAAAGUAACAGGGCCACAGUAUAAGAAAAACGGCAAAUUUGAAUUUCCACGUAUACAACAUGGUACUAUUUUUGAUUUUUACUCCAAAAAAGAAUUUAAAAUUGACGCAAAAUUGGAUUAUCGUAUACACAACGUCAACAUAUAUGAUAAGUCUAAAUACACUGCCGUGCACACAACAGACGAUAAACUUGUCGUAAUCAACAAUGACACAGAUGAAAGAUUUGAAGUUUGUGAAUGGACAGUGGGUAUGAGUGCGCAGCUGAUUGAUGAAAUGGACUCUGUAGUCGUUCAAAGUAAUAUUCAUUUUCUAUUGCACUCACGGGUUUUACUUGUCAUGUCAAGUUACGGAAUUAAAAUUUUUGUUUUUGAAUCUCAAUUUUUUCAGGGCUUACGUGGUUUUUCAUUUUUAAGUUUAAUUUACAAUGAUAAUUGUAUGGUGCUUUAAUUUUAAUUCAAGUCUUAGUUUGAAGAAAUCUUUUUUUUACAAUAAUAGAUUCUACUCAUUUCAGGCUUCAAAAUUGCAGCUCGAAUAUACAGUAUCAAACAUAAGCAAAUUGUAUUUGAUUACCAGGGUUUUCGGUGCUAUUUUUUAAACUCUACUACCCUCAUUGAUCCAUUCAAAUGUUUGGUAAGAUUUUAAAAAUAACUUUUAAGUUUAAAUUUUGUGUUAAAAUCCUAGAGGGCAAGUUCAGGUUGUCCAAGCACCGACGUCGUAUAUUGGCAGAGUCCAGCGCUAUUUGUUACUUUCUUUUAAAGUUUUAAGUACAGGGUGUUUCAAAAAAUUUGUAACUUUUGAAAAAUUUAUUACAGCCAUGAAAAAAGAUAGAAAGACAAAAUUGGGCACGAGUAAUAUACAGCCAAUGUAUAUUUUUCAGACAAAAUUUUGGGAUUUUAAAGUGCGUCUGAAGGUCGUUUGAAAUUUUGAAAAAACUCAUUUUCACCCAAAUUAUUUUUCAGUUGAAAAUCACUUUUUUCAUCAAAAAUUCACUUUUUUAUUAUAUUUAGUUUAUAUCCUACAACAAACAGAUGACCCGAUGGCAAGAAGUUAAGGUAGAUCCAAGUCUUUUACUACAACGUUACUUUGAUUACUGUGAUGUAGGUUUUUUGCCAGUACCAAAAAACACACUUAUGGAAUCGUUUCAAAAUGGAGAUUCAAAACUGAUUUAUUUGACUUUUAAAAAUGGUAUGUUUACAAUUUCCGCUGUUUCAAAAUACUAACUGACCAAACUUGUAGUUAUUAUGACUGGUUGGUCACAAGCACUUGCCAUCCCAGCUAUAUGACAUAAGACAACUAAAGUACUGAGUUCAUAAUACAGUGGUUUAUAUAAAAAAAUUACAUAAGGAACUUUCCUUAUAGUAAACAAUAUAUUACAAUAGGCUAAUGCAAUAGGCUUUCAAAUUUGAACGAUUUCUUUAGGCCGUAAAACCAAAUAAAAAAUUGUGAAUUUUUAGAAAUAUGCAUAAUAACACCUAAACUACAAAACUGCUUAAUCAAUUUUGUGUUCUCCAUCGCCAAGGACGAACACUAAAGUUUUAAAAUUUGUGUAUUAUAUAUUCAUUGUUAAUUUUAGGUCACGCACGAGCAAAAACCUUUAAUGCCAAACCGAAAAGAUUCUCCAGGAAGUUAUCGUGGUCGAGCUACCCCCCAGAUGGCGAUCAUCCAAUUAUUCAUUUAGCGAACCUGACAUAUUCGCCAAACGACCCAAAAGAAUUUUAUAAUCAACUCACUCGGCUACAUUUUGUGAAGCCAAGUGUUUCAUUGGUUGAAGCCAGCACUGGAAUCACAGAAUAUUUUAACUUUUGUGAAAGUGAUUGA